UAUAUUAUAUGCUUUAUACGGCUUACUGCGCGCCGACAGAGGCAUCACAACACGCGACUCUUUGAGAGCUCCAAGAUGAAGUCACUUUYACUGUAUUCGUCUCUUUUCCUUUGCAUUCUGUUAAAUAAGGCCACAGCUAUAAAAUACACACCCGUGAUAAGAAUCAAAAGUGGUCCAAUACGAGGUAUUGUCACCCAGCUCAAUACCGGUGGUGCCAUCAGAAAAUAUCUCGGUAUACCUUUCGCUAAAGCAGAGCGAUUUGGCAAACCCACGGACCCAGAACCCUGGACUGACCUCAAAGAUGUAAACAACACAGGAAAAAUGUGUCCACAACCAACAAACGUAGGAUUCCCGAUUACUGAGAUGAGCGAAGAUUGCUUGAAUUUGAAUAUUAUAGCCCCUGAAGGAGCAGACUCAUCACUACAUGUCAUGGUAUGGAUCCAUGGAGGAGCGUUUAUCUUGGGAUCGAACAGAAAUAACGAUUUCAGUUACAUGGCCUCGCUUGGCAAUGUCAUCGUCGUAGCCAUCAACUAUAGACUUAAUGUGUUUGGCUUCUUGGCAACUGGAAAGGACGGUGACCUGCCGGGAAACUAUGGAAUGCUGGAUCAAGUCUUUGGWUUAAAGUGGGUCAAAGAAAACAUUGACAAGUUUGGUGGUGAUCCUAACAAAGUCACCAUAUUUGGUGUUUCUGCUGGAGGAGCCAGUGUUAAUACCCUUGUGCUAUCUCCAAAGGCUAAAGGACUUUUCCGUCAUGCCAUCAUACAAUCUGGUGCUACUACUGCAUUAUGGGCGCAUACCAGCUACAGCAAGGCUCUUCAAGUUGCAAAGACAAUAGGCAAAGAUCUCAGAUGUAAUGAUAUCAAGACGUUCUCAAACUGCAUGAAAACGAAGAGUGUCCAAGAAAUAGCUGAAAUUGUGAAAAAGACACUUAAAACUGGAUGGUUUUUUCCACCCGUCGUAGGUGGAUCAUUUCUCCCUGCUGAUUCUCCCGAAGCUUUGUACCAAAGGGAGAAAACUGAYGUUAAAAUCAUGAUUGGCUCAUGUAACGACGAAGGAAAUGUCAUAACUAACGCUAUAACAGGAGCAGGACUUGUAUUUUUCAACGUCACCAAUGGCUUCGAGAGAKCGGACUUUAUAUCUGCUCUUCGUGAAAGAAAGAGCAAGAUGGUAGGCARUGAGCACAARGUAAUCAACGAGGCCAUACUCUACCGYUACACCGACUGGGACAACGUCACAGAUCGCUACAGAAACCGGCGAAUGUUUCUCAACAUGAUUGGCGAUUCUUUAUUCGUGGCACCAGCAAUUAAGACUGCUAGAGCAUUGGUCAACAAUUCUGUACUCACGUACAUGUAUCAUUUGGAGUAUCGCUUGGAUAGAUAUUUUACUUUUGUUGUUCCAUCCUGGAUUGGUGCAAAUCACGCGGCAGAUCUGACAAUAGGCAAAGAUCUCAGAUGUAAUGAUAUCAAGACGUUCUCAAACUGCAUGAAAACGAAGAGUGUCCAAGAAAUAGCUGAAAUUGUGAAAAAGACACUUAAAACUGGAUGGUUUUUUCCACCCGUCGUAGGUGGAUCAUUUCUCCCUGCUGAUUCUCCCGAAGCUUUGUACCAAAGGGAGAAAACUGAYGUUAAAAUCAUGAUUGGCUCAUGUAACGACGAAGGAAAUGUCAUAACUAACGCUAUAACAGGAGCAGGACUUGUAUUUUUCAACGUCACCAAUGGCUUCGAGAGAKCGGACUUUAUAUCUGCUCUUCGUGAAAGAAAGAGCAAGAUGGUAGGCARUGAGCACAARGUAAUCAACGAGGCCAUACUCUACCGYUACACCGACUGGGACAACGUCACAGAUCGCUACAGAAACCGGCGAAUGUUUCUCAACAUGAUUGGCGAUUCUUUAUUCGUGGCACCAGCAAUUAAGACUGCUAGAGCAUUGGUCAACAAUUCUGUACUCACGUACAUGUAUCAUUUGGAGUAUCGCUUGGAUAGAUAUUUUACUUUUGUUGUUCCAUCCUGGAUUGGUGCAAAUCACGCGGCAGAUCUUCCCUUCUUGUUUGGUUUUCCCUUAAUGGGCGCUGAUAACUCGUCAGUAAACUCGAAGGAUGGCAACUUUAGCCGUGCACUUAUUAGACUUUGGACAAACUUUGCCAAAUCAGGGGAUCCCAAUAAACCKGCCGAYAUCGGUCUAGUAUGGCCACAGUAYGACCUCAAACAACAACAGUUCAUGGCUCUUAAACCUAACAUGGCUGUACAAGSUAAAYUACGUAAYGAUUACGUGGCUUUUUGGAACAGUUUUGUACCAGCUGCCCUCAAAUCGAUGCCUAAACCUUCGCAACCUCCUGUUGACAGUAGUGGAACAGYGGUUAUCAGCGGUUUAGCGAUGUUGCUGUGUCUUCCUUGGUCUGUCCUACGAACUACCCAGUACUGAGUUGGACUCUAAGUGUAAUAUGAUCUAGAUAGUCUUGAAAAUAAUCACGCGCACUUGUCACGAGCCAGGAUGGUGGUGCCAAAAUUGUUCCUCAAUUCUUAACCUUUCAAUAAAUCAUUUAAAGCUAGUUUAUCGUGUGUAAUACAAAUAUUUAAUAUUAAAAAUGUGCCAUCCCACAUGUUGAUUU